GGUGCAGACAGCCGCUCCGGUGCGCACGCGCACUUGCGCCCAGCGGUUUAGCGGCGGCGGCGAGAAAUGUCCCUGUGCUAGGUGCUGAGCUUGGCUGCAGCACCGCGCGCAGCUUGCAGUCCCGGCCCGGGCAGGCGAAGGUGCCUUCUCCGGGAAGGACUGCAGGGAGGGAGAAAUGGCCAGGAGAUUGCUGCCUGCCCAGGUUCAGGAGUCUGUGACCUUCAGGGAUGUGGCUGUGCUCUUCAGCCAGGAUGAGUGGCUGCACCUGGACCAUGGUCAGAGACGCUUGUACCGGGAGGUCAUGCUAGAGAACUACAGCAACCUGGUCUCCCUAGGGAUUCUAUUUUCCAAGCCAGAGGUCAUCUCCCAGUUAGAGCAGACAGAAGACGCCCAGGUGGUAGGAACCAGAGCACUGCGAGGCAUAUGUCUAGGAUGGGAGAACUUGUUUGAAACCACCAUUUCCAAAGAAGCAAAUCAGGAAGCCAUGAAAAAUUUCCUAGUGGAUGGUCCUUUGGAUUUCAAGUUUGGAAAAACCUACAUUGAUGAGGACAAGUUGGAGAAGCAACAAGGUAGAAAGAACAAACUUCUCGGGAAAGUAUUAGUUACUAUCAAAAACACAUAUAUGAAAGAGAAGAACUUUAUAGAUAUUGAAUGUGGGAAAACUCUUGAUCCAAAAUCAACAUCACUUACCAGAAAACUUGGACCUAUUUCCAGAGGGAGGAAACCCCGUUCACAGCAGUAUUCAAUUCUGUUUAAGCAACUGGGAGUCAACACAGUCCGUAAAUGUUACAAAUGUAAUAUGUGUGGGAAAAUCUUCCUCCACAGUUCUUCCCUGAGUAAGCAUCAGAGGAUCCAUACUGGAGAGAAGCUCUAUAAAUGCAAGGAAUGUAGGAAGGCCUUCAGCCAAAGCUCAUCCCUGACACAGCACCUGAGAGUCCACACAGGAGAGAAGCCUUAUAUAUGCCAUGAAUGUGGAAAGGCCUUCAGUUUCACCACCUCUCUUAUUGGGCACCAGAGAAUGCACACUGGAGAAAGACCCUAUAAAUGUAAAGAAUGUGGCAAAACAUUUAAAGGUAGCUCAUCCCUUAACAAUCACCAGCGAAUCCAUACUGGAGAAAAGCCCUAUAAAUGUAAUGAAUGUGGGAGAGCCUUUAGUCAGUGCUCAUCUCUAAUCCAGCAUCACAGAAUUCAUACUGGAGAGAAGCCGUAUGAGUGUAGUCAUUGUGGGAAAGCCUUCACUUCAAUAUCACGGCUGAGUAGACACCAUCGCAUUCACACUGGAGAGAAACCAUUUCGCUGCAAUGAAUGUGGGAAAGUGUUCAGUUAUCACUCGGCUCUUAUUAUACAUCAGAGAAUUCACACUGGUGAGAAACCCUAUGCAUGUAAAGAAUGUGGGAAAGCCUUUAGCCAAAGCUCAGCACUUAUCCAGCAUCAGAGAAUUCACACUGGAGAAAAGCCCUACAAGUGUGAGGAAUGUGGGAAGGCCUUUUCCUGGAUCUCACGGCUUAACAUACACCACAGAAUUCACACUGGAGAGAAACCAUAUCAUUGCAAAGAGUGUGGGAAAGCUUUCAGUUCCCACUCAGCAGUGAAUACUCAUCGAAAAAUUCAUACUGGAGAGAAACCUUAUAAAUGUAAUGACUGUGAAAAAGCCUUCAACCAAAGCUCAGCCCUAAUUCAGCACCAGAGAAUCCAUACUGGAGAGAAACCAUUCAACUGUAAAGUGUGUGGGAAAGCUUUCAGACAGAGCUCAUCCUUGAUGACACAUAUGAGAAUUCACACUGGAGAAAAGCCUUAUAAAUGCAAAGAAUGUGGGAAAGCUUUUAGUCAGAGCUCAUCUCUUACUAAUCAUCAGAGGCUCAUAAUUAAGAAAAACUGCAUGAGUACAAUGCAUGUGGGAAAUAUUCCAGGUGAAAUCCAUUCCAUACUGACUAUUGAAUUCAUCCUGGGGGAAAAGUUAGUUUUGUCACAUCGCUGCGCCUACACACUGCGCCCGCAGCUGACCGAGGCAACCUACCACCUCGGCCGGGUUUCCGCGCUGAGAGCCGGUCCACCUCCCGGAAGUCGCCUCGCGCAGAGGCCCCUGGGAAGCGCCGCGGGCGUGGCCCGAGGCAUGCCGGGAACCGUAGUUCUCCCGCGGGGCGCGGGGCAGCUCGCGGCCUUUCUUGGGGUUCCUGGCCCUGCUACCACGGCCGGCCUGGGGUUGAGGAGUUCGCAGCCACCUCUCGAGGGCCGCGAGGGGAGCCAGCGCCUUUCCGUCGGGACCGGCAUCCCAAACACAGUGGUUGACGGCUACAAGGAACGUCCAUGUGCCAGGCGUCGGGCUAGCGUCUUAGGUAAAUUAACACUUCUGGGGGAGGAGGAGGUCGGACUUUUAAUUUCAGUAGUGCAGGGCGCCGAUCUUCAGUUCUGUCUCCCUCGGGUUGUACAGUGUGGGAGAAAUAUCCACCCCCUGCAGAAACGGCGAACCUUCACACCCCAGGAUACUAAAAUCCUGACUCUUAUCAUCUGUGCAUCCUAUGAUACCUACCUUGUCAGCACUGUGUUCUCCUUUGACAGGAAAACUGAGAAGGAACAGAUUUGGCUAUGGAUUUGCUGCCUGCUUGGGCUUCUGCUGAGAGUUGCUCCUUUGAGUUCCCUCAGCAUCUUCAUGUGUAUCCAGCCUAUAUCCUGUGCAGAUAAGAGCAGCCUACAGCCUGUGCAGGGGUCCGUGACCUUCAGGGAUGUGGCUGUGCUCUUCAGCCAGGACGAGUGGCUGCAGCUGGACCCCGGUCAGAGACGCUUGUACCGAGAGGUCAUGCUGGAGAACUACAGCAACCUGGUCUCCCUGGGAAUUCCAGUUUCAACACCUACAGUGAUUUGCCAGUUGCAGCGAGGAGAAGAUCCCUGCGCAGAGGAAAGAGAAAUGCCUCCAGACACCAGUCCAGAUUUCAAGACUUGGCCUGACAUAGAAGUAGUGCCUGUCAGACAAGACAUUUUUAUUGAAGAAACAUCUCAUGGAAUAAUAAAGAAAAACUCCUCUAAGUAUGGUCCUUGGGACAUCAACUUUGGAGAAACUGUGGAUUCUGAGGAUAGGAUACUAUGGGAGCAACAAAAGAAACCCCUUAGGCAGCUGGCAACCUCACCCAAGAAAACUGUCAGUGAGGAUGGAAAUCCCACAAGUCUGGAGUUGGCGAAGAGCUCAUUUAUAAACACAGUUCUUAUUUCACAACAGAGUGUUCCCAUGGAGAUGGUACCCAAUAUGUAUUACACUUUCAGGGAAAAUUUUACACAGAAUUUUGAUCUAAUGAGAUGCUUGCAGAUUUACCCAGGAGGAAAACCUCUUGUCUGUCAUGAGUGUGGGAAGAGCUUCAGCCAGAGUCUUCAUCUUCUGGAACACCAGAGAAUCCAUACUGGUGAGAAACCUUACAAGUGUAAUGAGUGUGGGAAGACCUUCAGCCACCGGUCAUCCCUUCUCACACAUCAGAGAAUCCACACUGGGGAGAAGCCAUACAAGUGUAAUGAGUGUGCAAAAGCAUUCAAUAGUAGUUCCACCCUCAUCAAACAUCUGAGAGUACACACAGGAGAGAAGCCCUACCGCUGCAGGGAGUGUGGGAAGGCCUUUAGCCAGUGUUCCACGCUCACUGUACACCAGAGGAUCCACACUGGAGAGAAGCUCUAUAAAUGUGCUGAAUGUGAGAAGGCCUUCAACUGUAGAGCAAAGCUUCAUAGGCAUCAAAGAAUCCACACAGGCGAGAAACCUUAUAAAUGUAAUGAGUGUGGGAAAGGUUACAGCCAGUUUCCAUCCCUCGUGGAACACCAGAGACUCCAUUCUAGAGAACAGCUGUGCCAGUGUUUGGAGUGUGGGAGAACCUUCACACGCAUCUCCACAUUUAUUGAACAUCAGCGAAUCCAUACUGGACAGAAACCCCACCAGUGUAAUGAAUGCGGGAAAACCUUCAACCAGUAUUCAUCAUUUAAUGAGCAUCGGAAAAUCCAUACUGGGGAAAAGCUUUACACGUGUCAAGAAUGUGGUAAAGCCUUUGGCUGCAAAUCCAACCUUUAUAGGCAUCAGAGAAUCCACACUGGAGAGAAACCCUAUCAGUGCAACCAGUGUGGAAAGGCGUUCAGCCAGUAUUCGUUCCUAACUGAGCAUGAGAGAAUCCAUACUGGAGAGAAACUCUAUAAGUGUAUGGAAUGUGGGAAAGCCUAUAGUUACAGAUCAAACCUUUGUAGACACAAAAAAGUCCACAAUAAAGAGAGACUCUACAAAUGGAAGGAAUAUGGGAAACAGUUCAUCUAUGGCUCCUCUUUUACUCAGUAUCAGAAAUUUCUGAGAGGAGACAACCUGUGAGCUUUAUCUCUCUAAUAAUCCAAGACUUCUCACUAGAUAGUGGUCAGCGCAAUAGUAAAUACAGCACAAAUUCCUAAUAGAUUCAAUCCUUUUUACUUCUACAGGAAAAAAAGCUAGUUAAUACUAAGAUCAGUUUAUCAGUAAAAAUAUGAAGAGCACUGAUGUCAAAUUUUAUAAGCACUAUUAAAUUCUAAAGACAGUUUUUAAAUUCAUAGAAAAAGCAUGAAAGACCUCACUUUGUAGAAAAGUAAAUAGUUGGAUGUGUUUUACUUCAGACUCUAAACUCUAAGAGCGAGCUUCAAUAUGUGAAUUUUAUGAGUAGUCACUGAAUUAAUAAUGUGAAUAAAUGUGGGGCCUCAUUUCCUAAAUUGGCAGGCUGACUUAGGAAGUGCUCCUUUUUCACAUAGAGAUGAUAAAGAUGCAAAAGAGUUCUUUACAUGGCUGUGUGAUAAGCACCCUAUAAGCGAUAUCUACGCACACACGUAUAUACAUAUACAGUCAUGUGUCAGUUGGUGGAGAUGAUGCUUAGAAAGGUUUCAGUGGGCACUAUGAGCAUUGUGCAGAAAUGCUCAAACGUGCAUUUGGAUGGUCUAGGUCAUCACUACGCAUGGCCUCUCGAUGCCACCAAGAGGUGUGGCAAACAGAAUGUGGGGCUGCUGCCCGUGAAAUGCAGUAUAGUGUUUUGUAGUAAGCUUUUUCUGGUAUGUAGAAGACGUGCUCUACAAUAAUCAUAAAAAUGUAGUAUAGUAGAUAUACCAGUAACAGUUGUUUAUUAUCAUUCUCAAGUGUCGUGUGCUGUGCUUUUACCUGACUGGCAUCACAGCAGGUCUGUACCAGCAUUACCACAAAUGCGUGAUGCGCUGUACUGAGACAUUGUGACAGCUGUGCCAUGCCUGUGAUGUCACUAGACAAUGGGGAUUUUUCAGUUCCAUCACUGACCAAAACAUCGUUAUAUGGGACAUGAUUGCACACAUACAUGCAUAUAUGUGUAUGUGUACAUACAUGUACACAGAGCUGUUUAAAAAAUGCUCACAAGUCCUUGAUUCAAAAAUAGAGAAAUUUGUAAUUUAGUUUUUAAAAUUAAAAUUUUACCCACAGGGAGUCUCUUCCUUUUGCUUUCCUAUAUUAUUUCUUAACUUGAUGUAGUCCUGUAUAGCUGAAUAGUCUUACAGUAUUAGAGAAGUGAAGUAAAGGAAGUGGAAAGACUCUUGCAAAUACUUUGUCAUCUGUUGCAGAAGGUAAAUAUUUGAUAGAAUAGACUAUAUAUACACCUGGUAGUUCAUUAGAGCCAAGAGAGUUUUAGUUUAAUUGUAGCCUUUCAUUUUAUUAGUGAAAUUGAGUUCAGUUACAGAAUCGUCUUUAGCUCUGGUGUUCUGUGAUAGUUACAGGUUUAUUUCCACUGUCACAUCUCAAGAGCACUAUUUGUUUUGUAACCUGGUUAGCUUCAAUUGCAGUAGCUUAACCAGUUAUCAUUUCAUCUUUGAGGGUUCCCUCACUUUUAUCUCAGUUGACUUACAGUCAUAUUCCUUUUUCUUACAGGUCUCUUGACUACCUGUGCUCAUAACAACUACUCAAAUCCUCAAACCUAGCUAAGACCCAGAUGGUGUAGUUGCUUUAAGGCAUUUCCCAUUUAUAAAGCUGCCUUUCAAAUUACACAUCUUUUAAGAAUUCUUAUAUGUAAGGUUAUUUGUUGAUAUUUUAUUAUUAAACCUGUUUAUCACUUUAACAUUUAUCUCCCCACACAUGCUUGCUUCCUUCAAUUCUGUAUUUGACUUUCAUGGUAUUUAGAAUAUUCUAAUACAAUUAGGUAGGCCCUUCUGUUUGAGAAAAGCUUUAGAAUUAAACUCAAGCAUUCAACAUAAAAUAUUUCUUAUUGAUUUGUUUAAGCUUCAGAAUAUGUGGUACUUCUGUUCAUGAACUUUAUUUUACAAUUUGGGGGAAGAUGGCUGUGCUUUGUUUGUCACCUGAAGGGAAGUUUAUUAGGGAAGUAAAAUUUUGUCAAACGCUUUUGAUUGAGAACAGAAUUGUUUGUGAACAGAAACAUUUGUGAACUGAGCUAUCAUUUUAUAUAUUUAAGUAUACUUACAAGGAAAAUUAAGCCUUUUUUCUGUGUGUGUGUGUGUGUGUGUGUGUGUGUGUGUGUGUGUGUGUGUAGGGGGAGUACUGGGGGUUAAACCCAGGGCUUUUGCCCUGCACUAAAUCUCCAGCCCUUUUUAUUUGAUACAAGGUUUCACUUAAGCUGUCCAGCCCUUUUUAUUUGAUACAAGGUCUCACUUAAGGCCUCCUUAAGCUGUCCAGGCUGGGCUUUGACCUAUGAUCUUCCCACCUCAGCCUCUUAGGAGUGCUGGAGUUACAGGUUUGUGCCACCAUACCCAGCAGAAAAUGAGACUUUUAAAGAGAUCUCAAUACUUAACAUUGUAUGCAAUGACAGUGAGCCUUCUUAGGACCCAAAUUUUGGUUUCUAAAUGCCAUUCCCCACUAGAGAGGAAUGCUGGCUCUUUGAAGAAAUGGAGCAGGGGAUGUGUAACAUGCCAGAAAAAGAAAAAAGCAAGAUAGCAUUUGGCACUACUGAGUUAAUGUCAGAAGACAGGUGCACAUCACUAUGUAGACACAGGUAUGUAUGUGUUCCCACUGGCAAAUUUAGGACAAUUUUUUCAAAAUCACUAUAAUUGGUUGUAAUACAUCAAGAAGGAAAACGAAGCUCAUAGUGAUGAAAACAGACAAAAAAGAAAGCUCUGUAAGAUAAUUUGAAGAAUGCUAUCUUUCAAACGUGCACUUAAUCAUAGAUUUAGAAAGAUUAUUUCACAACCCUUAAUGUAAUUAAAUCUGGAAAAUAAUGGUAAAACUCAUAAGGUAAAAAAAUUAACAUUCUUGAUGUUAAAAGAUCAGAGAUAACAAUUGUGAAAGAUUUGGUUUUAUACUGAGAUCACCUAACCAAGUUUCACUGUUUAUGUGAAAAGCUGACAUGUAGCUUCUGAUGAGAUGCAAAGUGAAGCACACAGAAGUAUAUGGUAUAUUGCCAAAAUGUUUCAUGGGAAUCUAGUUAAAUCUAUCUAGAGUUAUCUUCCUAGUUGCGAGAAAUACCAAACAAUAGAGAAAUAAGUCUGAGUAAACAACUUAUUCUGGGCUUUUCAGAAAAUCAUAUACUAAAAAUGACAAGUGGUCUCUUAGAUAAGACACGAGAUGACCAAAUAUCAGGAGUGAUCCUUUAUUAGCAUCUGACCCAGAAAAAAAUAAAACAGUUACCAGAAAUAUUGGGGAAAAUACCAGGAUAGGGUAUUAGAUAAUAUAUUGUGUUUAAUUUUCUUAGAAAUGAUAUUGAAAGUAUAAUGUCAUUAGUAGAUGCAUGCAAAAGUUUGAAAAGUCAAUAUGUCUGCUAGAUAUUUUCAAAUAUGUAAAAUAUUGGUCUAGUUGUCAAACCUUUUUGUAGUAGAUAUAGAAAUAUUCAUUGGGCAUCCUUUAAACUUGUCUGUAUGCUAACUUUUAAUAAAAAUUGAGGCAAAAGUGA